AUGCGGCUCACAGCCAAAUCUUUACCAGCCGAGGUUGAAAUGGAGCGUGAUAGCCCGACGCCGAACAUUGGGUUCCGAAUCAGGAACCUCUUCCGAAUGUCCGGCGGGGGCACCACCGCAGGAUCCUCAAGUGGCCAGGUCAUGGAUCAGUCGUCCAAGGACUCUUCUGCUUCGCUUUCAAUACCCACUAAUGUAGAAGAGGGGCUGUCGGAUUCCGCAUCAUCUCAGGACCUGGCCGUACCGGUCAUUGUCUCGCCUCCAGCGACCCCCAAUAAACGACGCCUAGGCGUGUUCAAUCGCUUCCGGUCGGCCUCAACAUCAAACUCCAAUCCUUCCACACCCUCUCCCCCAUUGGAUCCGCAAGAUCCUUUGUCUAAUGUGCCAGCUUCCCCGGAAAAGUUGGAAGCUCCGAGUAUGGCGGCGGCGGCUGCCGCUCAGGCGCUUCAUAGCCGGGGCCCCGAGUAUGGAGGGCUCGCUAAUGAAAAUCCCAAAGCACCAGAAGCAGAUCGCUCUAUAUUCAGAAAUUUGAGGAGAGUGGCUUCGGCCCCCAAUACAUCACGGGCGGACUCCGGAAGCCGGCGGGGCUCCGUCACCAGCAACAACUUUCCGUCAAACGGCUCGGUGCUUUCUCUAAAUUUUAGCGAUGGGCGAAAUGAUAGUAUGUCCACCUACGGUGGCCAUCUAGGAUCACAAGGUAAGCUAUAUGCUGGGCGGUCCCGCAGCUAUUCGCGGUCGUCGACCAAGAUCAGUGCGGCCGAAGUGGGGCCCGGGAGCUUUGAAAAACUCAAACUCAUUGGAAGGGGAGAUGUGGGAAAAGUAUACCUUGUUCGCGAUCGUCGUACUCACGAAAAUUAUGCAUUGAAGGUGCUCAACAAAAAGGAGAUGGUCAAACGUCGUAAGAUCCAGCGAGCGCUUGCUGAGCAAGAAAUCCUGGCCACAGCCAACCACCCGUUCAUCGUGACACUCUAUCACUCGUUCCAAUCCGAUGAAUUCCUUUACUUAUGCAUGGAAUACUGCGGAGGAGGUGAGUUUUUCCGUGCUCUUCAAAGCCGAGAGGGCAAGUGCUUACCUGAAGCAGAUGCUAGAUUUUACGCAGCCGAAGUGACGGCGGCGCUAGAGUAUCUUCAUCUCAUGGGAUAUAUUUAUCGAGAUCUGAAACCAGAGAAUAUUUUGUUGCAUGAGUCUGGACACAUCAUGUUAAGCGAUUUUGAUCUAAGCAAGCAAUCAAAGAUCAGUGGUCAGCCCACCAUGGCCGGAUUAAAGGGCUCUGCCAGCCGUCCGGCUAUUGAUACCAAGGCAUGCAUUGGUGAUUUCCGAACCAAUUCGUUUGUGGGCACUGAGGACUACAUUGCGCCCGAGGUCAUCAAGGGAAAUGGACAUACGUCUGCUGUAGAUUGGUGGACGCUAGGUAUACUGCUUUAUGAAAUGCUCUAUGGCAUCACGCCAUUCAAAGGUGCUGACCGCAAGACCACCUUCAAGAACGUGCUUGUUAACGAAGUGGUUUUCAUGGACUCGGGUGGGUUCCAGCACAUCUCGUCUGCGUGCAGAUCAAUCAUCCGCAAGCUCUUGACUAAAGACGAGAAAAAACGGCUAGGGUCCCGAGCAGGAGCCUCGGACAUCAAACAGCAUCCAUUCUUCAAGAAUACUCAAUGGGCACUUUUACGAAACCAACGGCCGCCCAUUGUUCCGGCCGAAGAACAAAGCUCCACGGGGACAUGGUUGUCUGCACCGCCUCCGCCCUUGCGCGAGUCCGACUCGCUAGAAUUGGGUGAGAGAUGGGAUAGCCGGCGGCCGUCACAAGCAGUGGAGACUGGCGAAGAUCUCUUUGCUGGUUUCUCAUCAGUCUCUCUCCACUAUGAAAUGGAAUCACACUACCCCCUUGCAGAUAUUCCAUCUGGAGAUUUGGCUGCUGGUGCGUAUGCCUAA